CAGUGCCACGCCGGCGGCCGGCGAAACCGCCCGUCGAAAACAGUUACCGCUAGCGAAUGUUCCGGAAUCAGUUCGUUCGAUAACAGUCGGGGCAUUGCGGUAGGUUUCGCUCCGUAUGCCGAACCUGCCCAUAAAUAUUCGAUAUAUAAAAAAAAUCAGUGAUGAUAGAAUUUUUAUACUAAAAAUAAUAAAUAGACCCCUAGUGCUAGUGAUACAGUUUUGUAUUCAAGUCUAGUGCUUUUGUUUUAAUGAAGUGAAAUUGCGUAUUGAUAAGCAGUUCUAAACGAAUCCGACAUUGGAAUUUUAAAUUGUGAUCGCCAACAGGGCGUUAAAGUAGUGUUUAAUCGAAGAUAAGUGCUUCUAUACCAAAUAUUUAUACCUGUAACCAAUAAACAUAAGGCAGCCUUAUAAUUAGAACGAAAUUACCUUAAAGGACCAAAAUUAGAAAUUUUGUAACCAAUUUUGAUAGUGUACGAACGCCUUAAUUUUUUACCGACACGUAGUGUAAAUAGUGCUUAAUGAAAACAGAAAAAAAGUAUAAUUAAAAAGUUUUUACUACGCGUUUUGUAUUUCAAUUAUAUAAUGACAUAUUUGAGUGAUAUUUGUGCUGGUGUGUUAUUGGUGGGCAUCGGUUUAAAAUUAAACAGUGAUUAAAUUUGUGGGGAGACGUCAUGGAGCGGUGUGAUGGUUUUUUGGUGUACCGCAAGCCCGUCUACAGGGUGUUCCAGUAUUUGGAAACCCAUGAGCCGGAGGGCGGGGGGCGUUGCGCGGAGGGGCCGCUAGCGCGCGCCAUGCAGCCCGCGCCGCCGGGCGGCUCGCCCAAGCGGCACCCGCAAGCUCCUACGCAUGGCUCAUCAUGCGGAGACCAGUCGACCCUUAAAGUUCACCUCCCGAAUGGCGGUUUCAACGUGGUACGGGCAUCGUCAGACGAAGACGUAAGAUCUGUGUUGCGGCUGCUAGCAUCACGGCUAGCCACUGGUGAUCGGGUGUUUGCAUCCUGCUACGCUUUGAGGGCCAGGAAGCUCAAUACUGGGAAGAUCCGAUGGAUCCACCAAGACACGCCAGUUUCGGAGCUGCUCACAAAAUGGCCGGCGAGCGAGUGGCGGCUGGAGCUGCGCGUGCGGUACCUGCCCGCCAACCUGCGAGAGCUCUGCGACUCCGACCGCGUCACUUUUCACUAUUACUACGAUCAGGUGCGACACGACUACCUCAACGCUAAUCAUCCUAUGGUCGACCAGGAUUUGGCGAUACAAAUAUGUUGUUUAGAAAUUAAAUACUUUUGUAAGGACAUGCAGAUAUCAUUGGACAAAAAGUCCAACAUUGAAUAUCUGGAGAAGGAGUUUGGCCUUCAUAAAUUCCUGCCCAAAUCAGUCCUCGAAGCCAUCAAGCCAAAGGUCCUGAAGAAAGCAAUACAACAGCAGUUCAAAAAGGUGGCGAAUCUAAGCGACACGGAGUGCAUGCUGAAAUAUUUGGAGACAAUGCACACGCACUACGGCUACGACAGGGAGACGUUCACGGGCGCGCUCGGCACCGAGUGGGCCAUACCGGUCGAGUUGGCCAUUGGGCCUGACAUAGAUAUAUCAUACGUAUCGCACAAGGCAGGCGAGCCGCCGACAUACUCAAAAAUCGCUUCCUUCAGCGACAUAGUCGCCGUGCAAACGCUCAAAUCUAACUGCACGCAACAGUCGCAAACGCAGAGCGGUUCGUGUGGAAAAGCGGCUCUACAGCUGAGAGUGAAAGGGGCUACAGAAACGUUGACAAUAACGUGUAGUAGCGUCGAGGCUGCAGAGAGUUUAGCAGACCUUGUCGACGGUUACUGCAGACUCGUCACUGACUCACAGACUUCCCUUUGGAACAGAACAACUGAAAUGAGCAGCAGUUCGUCAGAGGGCAAGACGAGUUCGUGGGAGGCGAACACGGCGACACUCCUGUCCGAAGAUUACGCCGAAAUUGUAGACGACGACGCCGACUACUCUACGCCGGCAGUUCGCGAUUAUGAAUUAGUUCGAAAUCAAAUCGAACUAACUGGAAUCAUUGGCGAAGGACAGUUCGGUGAUGUACAUAAAGGCACAUGUAAAGUGACGUCUGCAAACCACCCGUCACUGCGACGUCAGCUCGCGCUACAAAAGCAACAGGGCCGCAGUACCACCGGCGAGUACGUGUUACCAGUCGCGGUCAAGACGUGCAAGAUGGAUGCCGACCUCGACACCGCCGAGAAGUUUCUAGAAGAAGCCUAUAUAAUGCAGCAAUUCAGUCAUCCGCAUAUCAUCGGUCUGGUGGGAGUGUGCAGCUCUCCGCCCAUCUGGAUCGUAAUGGAACUGGCCACGCUGGGCGAGAUGAGGGCCUACCUUCAACAGAACGCUAGGAGGUUGGAGAUUUGUACACUUGUGUUGUACAUCUACCAGCUAUCUACCGCACUCAGUUACCUGGAGAGCAAGAAGUUUGUACACCGGGACAUCGCCGCUCGCAACGUCCUCGUCUCCACGCCCACCUGUGUUAAGUUAGCGGACUUCGGCCUAUCAAAAAUGGUGGAUGACAAAUCAUACUACAAGGCGUCACGCGGUAAACUGCCCAUCAAGUGGAUGGCACCCGAGUCUAUCAACUUUAGGCGGUUCACGUCUGCUUCCGACGUCUGGAUGUUUGGUGUAUGCAUGUGGGAGAUAUUGAUGCUGGGCGUGAAACCGUUCAUCGGUGUGAAGAAUAACGACGUGAUAGGGAAACUGGAGAACGGCGAGCGGCUCGCCCUGCCGGCCGGCUGCCCGCCGCGGCUGUACUCGGUCAUGUCGCGCUGCUGGGCCUACGAGCCCUCGCAGCGGCCCACCGCUCACCAUCUCAAGGAGACUCUCUUCGAGAUCCUGCAGGAAGAACGCAGCAGCGCGUGGGAUACGAUGCGACGCGAGAACAGGCGCGUAGCCGCCGCCUCCUGGGGCGAUGAACCGCCGCCCAAGCCCAGCCGCCCGCACGCCAACCACAACCUCGCAGCGGUGGAUUCAACAUCGGUACAGGCAGCGGGUGCGGCCCCACAGACCUACAUCGUGGCCCAAAACCCCCUGGUCCUCGCGCACCUUCUCCGUGAGAACCAGUCCCGAGCCAUCGACCCGCAAGCGUACACCACGCCCGCAUCGGUAUUCAACACAGUCGCUGUUGACUUCGCUGAAACUCUACCGGAGGACGACCCUAACAUCGUUGACAAAAUCAUCAAUCCUAAACCCGACGAGAAACUCGACAUUCCCCUCCAAACGGUCCCUAUCCCGGUCGCGAGCUUGCACAAGUUAGAUCCCAUAGUCCCCGAACAAACAGACGAGACUUUAACUGUCGUGGUAGGUGCUAGUUGCGACAAUCUCUGUCAAAACACGCAGACCAUGUCACCAAGAACGGACGUCUCGUCUCCUCCUCAAGGUCAGAGCGAGACAGACGUAUCGACAGAACCUUACGCGAAUAGGGUUAGGUCUCUCGAGAGGAAUACUAGAGGUGUCACUCUUUCAACCGCCGAGAGAGCGCCAGUGAGGAUGGGGUCGCUGGAACGGAACGCUCGAGGCAGUCUCUCGCAUAGAGGCUCCCCGGUCCCUAUCGCGCCUUUCACGAGGCAGCAUUCUGUUCCCGCCUCCCCACCGCCCAGGAGUAGGCGGGAACAAGACGUAGGACAGUUUUCUGUGCAAGGCGCUCUCAAUGCGCAAUUAGCUGCUAGCGUCGUCAACAAAAUGAGGCACCAGCCCGACCCGCCUCUCGUCGAGGAAAUAUACGACUUCGGGGGCGACAACGUCAAGAGUUGCGCCGCGAUAGCCGCUCAGAAAGCCAUGUCGAAAUCGUACAGACCUGCAGUAUCGGGCAUGUCCGUCUCCCAUCCUACGGCGUACGGGGUCCCCGUCGGGGUCGUUCAGGGGAUCCCGUACCAGAGUCCGGUGAAGCCGAACGUGAAAAUGUCUAGUCAAUUCGUGAGGUCCUCUAGUCCGGUGUACCCGAUGAAUCAGGGCUUCGCGGCGCAGCCGAUGGGGGUGAUCCCGCCGAUGUCGUAUAUGCCCCAGCAAAUAUUCAGUAGCCACGUACAAGGCGGACAGCCGCUGGCGUACCGCCCACAAGCGGCCGCGCAGGCCGCCAGCCAGUCCGCGGUGCCGUCGGAGGUACUGCCGCCGCUUACACUGCCGCCUGAUGCGCUGCCGCCCGACGCACUGCCGCACUACUCGCGACAGGAUUGCACAGUACCGCCACCGAAUAUGCCCGUUCAGAGUCCGGAGUUCGAUACGGAACAAGCAGUGGAAAGAAGAUUGCUAGCGGAAUUAGCAAGACAACACCAUCAGAGCGAAGAAGACAGAAGAUGGCUGCAGAUGCAAGAAGACAACUUGCAGAAACGACUGUCAAAUAUGCAAAUGUCAACUGAGGCCGAACCAAUAGAACGAACGCAAGAGGAGCGGCCAGUCGCACAUACACAUUCAGGUGCGAAUUCAUCAGAAACUAGUCCAGCAAAUACCGUUAACCCAAAAGAACAACCACCCAGUGAAGAUAAGAAACCGAUUCAACCGUCCCGAGCAUCGAACACGGAGCCUGUUUACACGGCGACCACGGCGGUAGUGCGCUGCGUGAUGCGGCUAGCGAACGUGGCGCAGUGCGGCGGCGGCGGCGGCGGCGGCGGCGGCGGCGACGGCGGCGGCGCGGCGCCGGCGGACGUGCUGGCGGCCGUGCGCGCGGUCGGCGCUCAGCUGCGGUCGCUGUGUGCCACUGUCGAUUUAGUCGUCGUGCCAUUCCCGCACACUGCUCAAAGGGAAGUGGAGAUGGCUCAUCAGGUGCUAAGCAAAGACAUGGCUGCCCUCGUGGAGGCGAUGCGACUCGCGAUACAGUACGCGAAUACCACCCUACACCAGGAGUACACCAAGAGAAUGCUCGCUGCAGCCCACGUGUUGGCCAUGGAUGCAAAGAAUCUCCUCGACGUAGUCGACUGCAUCCGCGAGCGGCACCCCAACAUCGACUGGCGGGCGGCACUAGAGCCCGACCCUGGAGAACCCGCCAGUCCACAAACAACACCACAGAACCAAACGUUAACCUCGCAGAACCAAGUGUUCGCCGCCCAGAACCAAACGUUCACGCCUCAAAACCCAAUACUCAGCAACCAGUCGUCCAUACAAGAAGAUGAAACCCCUCCACCUAAACCAGCCUUCAAAAUUAACCAGCCAGUCACGACGGGCCAGUUAAAUGUUACCGAACAUCUGCCGAAGGAACACAGCAGUCUACCGGUCACAUCGAAUAGAGUGUCAGCUUUAAUACACAAUUACAACCUUUACGGCAACAUCAGGGAGCCACAACACAUAUAUGGCAACGCAGACGUCGGUGGUUCCUUCCAGCAUUCGUCGUCCAGCAUCAGCGACGAUGGAAAAGUCGAUGUGGCUCCGAUGGAGUCGGUCAAGAGCCGCGUCCAAGCGAUAUCGGGCAAAAUGGACUCGCCACCGAUAUACUCCGUCAGCAAGAAAAUGGUUUCAAUCGAUCAGAUGAGUCAGAGCGAUCAGGGAUGAACCGCCAGCUCACCGAUUUAGUUUGCUUGUAGUGGCAGUUUUGUUUCCGCGGACGGUAUACAGCUUUACUAAAUAAGGCUAUGAGAUUGUAGAUCAACUAGUGUACUUACCGGGAUAUGCUCAUGACAACAGCAUUUAUUGAUAAUUAAUUUAUUUAUGCGCUUUAGAAACGAGAACGUAGUGCGACGCAAGCUUCUUCUAAAAGACAACUAAAUGCUCAAUAUUCUACUUAGCGAAUAUACCAGGUUUUAAUCUUGAGCCGAAUCUCCGUUUCAUUCAUCUACCCAUGGAAUUGCAUAUUUUAAUUUAUUGUAAUAGGAUUUAAAUUUGUUUAACACGAAGUCGUUGGUGACCUUGACAUUGUAAUAAAAAUCGGAAUCGCUUGGCUUCUCAUUAAUACUAAGUCUAAAAUGUUGCCAAAUCAAAUAAUUAAUAAUUUCCAUAGUAUAAAAUCGCCGGGUCGAGGUCAUGGGACUUUUCUAGUAAAAUUCACUCAACGAAAUUAUGUUGAAACGUUUUAGUGAUAAUAUCUAUUAACAUAUCAUCAGCAUUGUUGUGCUUCAAAUAAAUAUUGUCGUGUUGCAUAUUACAAUAUUGAAAUAUUAUUCAACAUAUUUACAUUCACCUAUCAUGUGUUCUCAUACGAUAUCAUUGAAAAUCAUUAAUCUAUCCUUAUUCAAUUUCCAUUAAUUAUUCCAACAUCAAAAUUGUCAUUACUCCAAACUUGUCGUGAAUCGGUUGAUUUGUGAUAUUAUUGCCAAUAAAUGACCUAUUUCGCGUAAUUUUAAUUAUAAAACGUCAGAUUGCAGUACAUACCGAUACGAGCACAUUCCUAAUUGCACCUAACGUGUAAGUUGUAAUUUAUUUUCAUACAAAUUUUCUAUUUUUGGUGUAAUACAGGUUUUAUAUUGAACCAGUAACGGUGUGUAUUUAUAAGUAUCAGAAUGAAUUCUUCCAUACAACAAUAAUUGUGUAAUUAAUAUUUUUUGAAAUUAAUCAUGAAGAAUGAAAUUAUUUUGUAAUCUAAAUGUAUUAUUAUAAUAUGUGUAUAAUUCGUUUAGUUUAGGUGCGUAACAGUCACAACUCCGCAUUUAACACGCAUUCUCAGUGGAAUAUAUGUCGAAAUGGUUUUCUUUGUAAAAAUGUACAAAACAAGAAUUGUCCAUAAUUAUUAUAAUUUUGUUAUCCAAAGUUUUUAUUGUAAGCUUAGAUCUCAGCGAACCGUAGCGUUAUAGUACGUUAAAAUUAUAAGUUGUAUCAAAGCAGAAUUUAUUUAUUGACGAAUCCUGAUUUGUUUGUAAAGUUGAUUUACUUAUAUUAGUAUUAGCAGGAUGUCAUUCCAAAGUAUAUGAUAUUGUAAGCGUAACAUGUAGUCAGUCAGGCCCUAUAUUGGAACAGAGCGCGAGGUUACUCUAUAUAACUAUCGUGAGGUGGACCGGUUUUCGUUUAUACAUUAAACUGAAUAAAGGACAGGUCAGAAA